AUGGCACCCUCAUUUCCAAGUGACAACAACCCGGAGUUAGUCUACAUGAGGGCAGCUGAGAUCGACGAGAAGCAAGCUCUCAUAGACACUGAGAAUGGCUUCAUUGUCGAAAAUUCUCGUCCAUCUGUCCCUUUGAGAAGGCGAGGUCUGUGUCGGAGAACCCACCCCCUGUGGAACCUUGUGAAGGUCGCUGCCACGAUUGGCUCGAUCGGCAUGCUGAGCUACGGCGUGAUCAAGUACUCUGAUAACACGCCCGGCGAGCCACGCACUCCACGCCCGCAAGCGCCUGCCUUCUGUGACUCGCCGCAAUGUAUUCACGCCGCAUCUGAGAUUCUUAACAACCUUGAUCCCAACUAUGAAGACAUUAAUCCUUGCACCAAUUUCGACCAGUAUGUCUGCGGUGGGUGGCGUGAGCUGCAUGACAUGCGCUCCGACCAAGGCUCGAUCUUUGCCGGCACGAUCAUGGAGGAGAAUUCUCAGACUAAACUCCGCCAUAUCCUGGAGCAAUCGGAAGCUCCUGAUUCUUCAGAUGAUGAAAACUUCAAGAAGCUCAAAUUGGCUUAUGAUGCAUGUUUGGACGAAUCAACCGUCAGAAGCCGUGGUAGCAAGCCCUUGGAUGAGAUGUUGGCUAAGCUGCAGGGCAUCUAUCCUACGAAAGGUGGGCUUGUUUCGGGCUCGCAGCACCAUCUUACCAGUGCACUGUUAUAUCUCAUGAAGUCCGGUGUUGAAGCCUUGGUGUCUUCCGGCGUUACUCCUGAUGAUCGAGACCCAGACAAUGUGGUGAUCAUGGUAACACCGCCUCGGGAGAUUGGUCUCCCAGCGAUCGAGUAUUACAACAAUACGGAGCUGGUAGCUCACUACACUGCUGUCAUGAAGGAAGUUCUUCAAGGAUUCUCGGGAAGCGACAAGAUUGCCGAGAACAUUGUGGCUUUUGAAACGAAGCUCGCGAAUGUGACGCCCGAUACGGCCACUCAGGAAGAUGUCACCAAGUAUUACAACCCGCGUAGCAUCAAGGAAAGCGAUUCAAUGAUCCCCGAGAUCUCGUUUUCGGAGAUUCUUGCUGAGCUGGCACCCCAUGACUACCAAGGCGAUCGCCUGAUUAUUGGCUCACCCUCAUAUAUGAAGGCACUAUCUGAGAUCUUGAACGAUACAUCCUGCGAGACUGUAUCGUUCUUCCUGCAGUGGAAAGCCAUUCAGGCGUAUGCCGACAAGAUCGAGGAUGACAAGGUGGCUCCCUUGAAACGAUUCAAGAACACGCUAGAAGGCAAGGACCCGCAGGCGACCCAGGAGCGCUGGCGCAAGUGCAUCAAAACUCUCGAUGAAGGCCUUGGCUGGAGCUUGAGUCGUUUCUACAUCCUAGACUCGUUCUCCGAGGCGUCCAAAAAACUUGGUGACCAGAUCGUUUCAGACAUCAAGGAACGGUUUGUAUUCACCCUGGAUCAGACUGAAUGGAUGUCUCCGGAUGUCCGGAAGCUGGGCAUCCAGAAGGUGGGGAACAUUAUUCAAAAAAUUGGAUACCCUACCAAGAGCCCCAAUUUGAUGGAUCCGGCAGAUAUUGAGAAGUACUACCGCGAUUUGGCAGUGUCUGAAGAUACUUAUUUCGAGAACGAAGUGGCCGUAAACAAGUUUGAUCUUGAGAACGAGUGGUCCAAGCUGGGCAAGCCGACGGACCGUGAUGAAUGGGACAUGUCGGCGCCUACAGUCAAUGCCUAUUACAACCCCCCAGGAAAUGAGAUCGUAUUUCCUGCAGGCAUUAUGCAGCCACCGACAUUCUACGGACCAUCGGCACCACUAUAUCUAGCAUAUGGUGCAUUCGGUGCAGUCAGUGGCCAUGAGCUGUCGCACGCUUUCGAUUCCACGGGCCGCCAUUAUGACGAAACCGGAAACUACACAAACUGGUGGGACGACAAGACUAUUGAGGCCUUUGAGGAGCGCGCUCAGUGCUUUAUUGAUCAGUACUCCGAUUUCACUGUGGAGGGUCCUGGAAAUAAGGUCCUCCACGUCAAUGGACGCCUGACUCUCGGUGAGAACAUUGCCGAUGCUGGUGGCCUGACCGCUGCAUUCCAUGCAUGGAAGAAGCACGACGAUGUCAAGUCUGAUCUUCACCUCCCGGGUCUAGACGCCUUCACCAAAGAGCAGCUAUUCUUUAUUUCAUACGGAAACUGGUGGUGUGGGAAGACCACCAAGGAGGCAGCUGAGAGGGCCAUCUACACCGACCCACAUGCGCCCAAAUCGGCGCGGAUCAUUGAAACCAUGGCCAAUUCUCGAGAGUUCAAAGAAGCAUUCCAGUGCCCGGAUAAGAAGCCAGUUUGCGAGCUUUGGUAG